GCGCGGCCGACGAGUGCGAUUUCGAGACCUCGUGGGCGCCCUUCCCAUUCGAGUUCUGGACGGGGAUCGUUAGGAGCAGACUCGACGCCACGGCGAUCACCUUGAAGAACAUGCGGGACCGCGCCUCGGUAGAUACCGCAGCGGGCCAGGCAUUCAUCGGCCGCCCUGACGUACUGAUACUGAAGAAGGCGAUGCGGAGCAAGGGAUUUUACGUUCACAUCGAUUGGACCCCGCUGGGGGGCAAGGCCGCAUCUGGGAUAGGCGGCCGAACAACCCCGAUCGGUCGCUGCUGGGCACCGUGCUCUCUGGCCGGCUGCGGGUGCAUCGAGUUCUACGUUCUGGAGCAGCAGUGCCCCCCCCCCCUGCCCCCAGCGCGACUCCUGGAAAUGAUCUGCACCAACGUAGAUUUGCAGGACCAUCGCAUGACUGUAAACGACGACGGUAACCUGGUGGAUCGCGCUCUCCUGAGGCAUCCGUCCGGUCACAGAUCCGUCUCCCUGGUCCACCGCAGCCCGGAGCUGUUCCAGGUCUCCGACUCGGUGAAGGCCGGGCUUCCGAAGGAAUGCUUCGACGUGCCGAGCCUCAGUGACCCGGUCAAGGACGGCGGGGAUAGCGAGGGGCCGGGAGUCAUGAUGACGAAGAAGAGAACCCUCAUGCGAGCCCGAUCUCGGUCUCUCGGCGCGACGGUGCAGCCGGACCCCGAGAUGGAGAACGACCGCUCCAGGGAGACCUUGCCCGAGGUUCGGGAAAUGCUCGUUCAGGAGGCCCUGUCCGAGCGGGAGAUCGCGGACUUCCUGGAGGGCAAGAUGGGGCUCCCUCCCGUGCGCCAUCGUUGGCGCCACCUGGUGCUGAAAGUCGUGAAUAUCGAGCUGGUCACCCGCGUCGAGCAGCAGGUGGCUUUGCAGACGCCGUCAAGCUUCACGGAGUCCCUCCCGAAGUCAGAGUGCCCUCGCCCGCCUUGGGCGACGAGGCACGGCUCCAACACGACCCGCGUCUACGCCCACUGCGCGCAGUGCUCGGAUCGUCUGCUCAUGAGGAACACGACCGCUCAAGAGAUCUUCGAGGCCCAGAAGAAGAAGGCGGAUCGCGAGUCGGCCAAGCGAGAUCGUCAGGAGCAGAAGGGGCUCGCCAAGAAGAUGAUGAUGGAGUACGGGGUGGGCUUCCAGAAGUCUCAGGACGAGCUGAUGUGGAAGAGCGUGCGGGACUUCAUUCAGCAGGGCAUCUGCAUGAACCACAACGUCCAGCAGGGGUCGUCGCAGCCGA